AUGACUUCACUCGUCUCACCCUCGGGCGACACAACAGGGAGCGUCAAAGCUGCAGGAUCCUUCGAGCUGCACUCCAUGUCUCACUUUGAGAGAUAUGCUGCGGCUGCCGCCGAUGAAUCCCGUCGGCCGCCGUUCAACGCGCUCAUGUGUUCGCCCGCUGCCAAGUGCAACAUGAUGAGUUGUCCUGCGUGUCUUCGGUACGGUAUUGGUAGCAAGACGGCUUGUUUCAAGGCACGGACGACGUGGGGCUGGAAGUUGGCCGCAGAUAUUUGCCAUGUGAAGAGCGACAAGCCAACUGUCUAG